AUGGGCGACAUGUACUCGGAAGCCGAGUUGGAGCGACUUGGUCGCAUGAGGCCGGCUAUCUUCCCUAAUUUGCUAUCGGAACUGGGAUUUUGCUUUUCGCUCGUGCUCUCGCAGAUUAUGGCAGAAUACUUCAUUUCCGGCUUCAAUGUUCUCCUCCCCUCUUUAGCUGAGGGACUGGACAUCCCAGAAGCCUCGUCCAGCUGGCCAUCGAGUGCCUUUGCCCUGACGGCGGGUGGUUCGUUGCUCUUCUUCGGCCGUCUGGCGGAUCGCUAUGGAGGGUUUGUCGUCUUCGCAGGAGGGUUGGCCUGGCAUCUUGUCUGGUCGCUCGUUGCCGGUUUCGCCAAGAAUGCCCUCAUGAUGUAUUUUUGUCGGGCGUUGCAGGGUUUUGGCCCAGCUGCUUUUCUUUCGGCUGGAAUCAUGCUCUUGGGCACUACCUAUCGACCGGGAUGGCGCAAGAACUUGGUGUUCAGUAUCUACGGCGCCUGCGCGCCCAUCGGAUUUGUCGCCGGAAUCUUUGUCUCCGGCAUGACUGGACAGUUUCUCGACUGGCGCUGGUAUUUUUGGAUCGGGACGAUGUUGCUCUUCCUGGCCCUCAUCGCAGCUGUCCUCUCCGUCCCAGCCAGUAUUCGCCGCAAGCCUCCGCACCCUGACAUGUCCAUAGAUUGGGCUGGCGCCGGCCUCUUCUUUUGCAGUCUGGUGCUGAUAUUUUUCGCCAUCAACGACUGCGGCCAUGCACCCGACGGCUGGCGAACACCUUACGUGUAUAUCACGUUGAUUGUGGGCUGUUUUGUGCUGCUAGCUGCGAUCUACGUCGAAGGUUGGGUGGCCAAGGAGCCACUUCUUCCUCUUAGUCUCUUCCGCAUCCCCCAACUAUCGUCCCUACUCCUCGGACUGUUCUGCUUCUACGGCGUGUUUGGCAUCUGGCUGCUAUACUGUGUGGAGUACAUGGAGAAUAUCAUGCACGCCUCGCCCCUGCUCGUGGUAGCGUACUUUGUCCCCUUCGCGCUAGGUGGCAUCUUCUUUAGCCUGAUUGGAGGCUUAUUCCUGCAUGUUCUUCCUGGCACGGUUCUUCUUGUGAUCUCGGGCAUUGGAUGGCUGAUGGCACCACUGCUAUUUGCUAUCAUGCCGCUCGGAGCCAGCUACUGGCCCUACGUAUUUCCGGCCAUGAUCUGCGGCACCCUUGGCAUGGAUGUCACGUACAAUGUGACCAACAUCUUCGUUACUACCUCUCUUCCCGAGCGACAACAAGGGCUCGCCGCUGCGGUUGCCAACAGCGUUUUGUUCUUGGGCAUUAGUUUUUGGCUGGGGUGGGGUGACUUCACCUCGGCGCAGGUGAAGGGAGACUUGCGCGCGAGAUACCAGGCUCCACUCUGGAUGGCGGUGGGGUUGGCCGGGCUGGGACUGAUCAUCAUGGUGCUCUUUGUGAAGAUUAAGCCCGCUAAGAGCGAGGUGACAGUGGAUGAGAAGGAAGGUAACUCAGGGGACACGGAGAUGGUGCCCAAGCAGGAGACAGACAUUGCAGUGAAUGGACGGGAUGGGGAUGUCCUGCAAUAA